GCCCGCUUCAUUUUCUAUAUCAGAUCUAGGCAAGGGGCUCCUUUUUCCACCUAGAAGAAAAACACUGCUUAAUAACCUAAUCAAUCCGCAAUGGCGUCACAACUUCUUCCUCUUGAACUGAUCGACAAGUGUGUCGGAUCCAGGAUAUGGGUCAUCAUGAAGAACGACAAAGAAUUCGCCGGGACGCUGCUUGGAUUCGAUGACUACGUCAACAUGGUUCUGGAAGACGUGACUGAGUUCGAUUACUCCGGCUCUCAAGUGAAGCUCCCCAAGAUUCUGUUGAACGGAAACAACGUCUGCAUGUUGAUCCCCGGUGGUGAGGGACCCGUCGGUAGCUCUUAGGUCAUGAUAUCCACGAUUCUUCUUGUUUGAUAUGUCAAAAUGGUAAUAGAAUGAACGCUCAUGAUUGAGAUAGACAGUAGUAAUGACGGAGUUUACUUCUGACAAAUCCUGGCUACUAAGGUGUUGAGAUCUACAGAUGCAACUUGAUGUAGUUUUAUUCAACAUGGCAUAGUAGUUUCCUUCAUAC